UACUGCUGCCUUCACUCUGCUAUCUCUUCUCGCGGUAACGAUGGUACACUGUUAGCUUGCUAGCUAACCCCAUCGUUUCCAGGUUUCGUGUCGACCUGAAAAAAAAAGCAAACGAAGUGAGAAGCGGACAGACUACGCAGGUGAACACUUUUUAAAUCCAGGCAGCACAGAGGAGCGGGACAAUGCCGCACAACUUCCAACCUGGAGACCUGGUCUUCGCUAAAAUGAAGGGGUACCCCCACUGGCCAGCCAGGAUUGAAGAUGUGGCAGAUGGGGCUGUGAAACCUCCACCUAAUAAAAUCCCAAUUUUCUUUUUUGGAACACAUGAAACAGCAUUCCUUGCAGCAAAAGACCUUUUUGCCUAUGAAAAGUACAGUGAACGCUACGGGAAGCCCAACAAACGGAAGGGAUUCAAUGAAGGUUUAUGGGAGAUCCAGAACAAUCCACAUGCCUCCUACAGUGCUCCACCGGCACCAGCCAGCUCUUCUGACAGUGAGAACAACAAUGCUGGAGGAGGAAGUGAUGAGGACGAGGACGAAGAAGUAGCCCCAGAGCCUCAGAAAGCGGAAUCUGGAAGUGAGGUUGACUCAGAUUCUGGGAGUGAAGACCAAGGAAAGGCAGUAGCGGUGAAGCGAAAGCCUCCUCCUGCUAAGCGGCCUCCGCCUUCAAAAAAGACACGAGGCUCAUCCAGUGACCGAGACCACGAGAGUGGAUCUCCCUCUGAAUCCGAACCCACACCUUCAGAGUCUGACUCCGGGAAGAACAGUGACCAGGACUUCACUCCAGAGAAGAAAUCUGGUGGACGAGUUGGAAAGAAAGCAGGAGGCAGAGGGAAGCAGAAGAAGGCCAUGUCCGGGUCAGACUCAGAGUCAGGAUCAGGUUCAGAGAAGAAAGCAGCGGACAGCGACUCAGAAGAUGAGAAGCCGCGACCAGCGCUGUCGGGUUCUGAUUCCCAGUCUGGCUCAAAGUCUGACUCAGACUCAGAGCCACCUCCCAGGAAGGGUCCUCAAGCACGUAAGAAAGAGAAGCCUGCACCAAAGCCUCGAGCACGGAAACCAAAACCUGCCCCAGCAAAACGAGCGCCUUCAUCAUCCUCGGACAGCGACAGUGACAGUGAAACUGACCACAUCAGUGAAUGGAAGAAACGAGACGAGGAGCGCAAACGAGAGCUGGAGGAGCGCCGGAAAAAGGAGGAGGCAGAGGAGCUCCGCAGGCUACGCGAGAGAGAGAAGGAGGAGGAUGAGCAAAAGAAAAGAGACAAGGAUAAAGGUAAAAAAGGGAGCGACAGUGACAACAGCAGUAGCUCAGACGAAGGUGUAGACGAUCACCCGUUAAAGAAGUCCAAAAAACCUCCUCCACCCCCCAUCCCUGCGCCGUCAGACUCUGAUUCUCCACCACCAGCUGAGGCAAAGAAAUCAAGCAAGAAGCCAGAUCAGCAGAAGAAGGCAAGAAUAAAGAAAGAGAAGGAGAGGAAAGAAAGAAAGGAGAAAGAGCUAAAAGAUAAGAAAGCCAGGCGGUCAGAGGAGAAGUCUAGAGCCAGGUCUAAGCCUGAAAAACCCAAACGCAAACCAGAGAGGCAGCCAGAGAAGAAAGUGGAAAAGAAAAAGGAGGCAACGCCAGAAGAGAAGCUACAGAAACUCCACACAGAUAUCAAGUUUGCACUCAAAGUGGACAACCCAGACAUAGAGCGGUGUCUAGAAGCCCUGGAAGAACUUGAGGCAGUGCCUGUCACCAGCCAAAUCCUCCAUAAGAACGCUGAAGUGAUUGCCACACUAAAGAAGAUUCGGCGGUAUAAAUCCAGCACUGCAGUCAUGGCAAAAGCCAGUGAGGUCUAUAACAAGUUAAAGCUUCGCUUUGUGGGCAAGGCGGAGAUGCCAGCCAAACCUAAAACAGACGGCCAGGAACCAGAAGAUGAUGAGAAGCAGACAGAAAACACAGACUCCACUCCAGUCAAUGGGGAAUCUGAAGAGAAAAAAGAUGAUAUGGAUGUAGAUGAAAAACCAAAAUCACCUGUCCAGGAGGAGAAUAAUGAUGACACAGCAUCAAGUCCAAACAGGUUGAGCCCAGACAGCCCCGCUGAACAGACUCACAUGUAUGAAGAGGCAGAAAACUCUAUCUCUGCAGAGACAGAGCCACCUGCUGUAGAGAGCUGAAUUAAAGACCCUUAACCACCACUGCAGUGGACCAAGUGCUAAAGAUGGUGGCCUCUUUGUUUGACUUCAUGCGAUGCUCCUGGGUCAACAACAUUGCAACAUACACCCGGCAUUUCCUAAUGUAUCUGUUACACCAAUGUCGAUGUUUUGGUCAUUCGUUGUACGAUGAUAUCAAACCAGAAGGCCCUGUUGCUCAGUUAUUUAUCACAACAAAAAGGACAAGCUAACUAGUAUGACAGAUUGUGGCGCUGUGUUUCUGAAAUGUACUUUUUCUUUUAUACGACACUUGCCCGUCCUGGAUCCUCACUCUCCCCCCCCCCUUGCUCCUGGCUAAUUUGUCUUUCUACCACAUGAACUCUUACUUUGGUCUUUCAUACCUUUAUGUAUAUUAAACGAUGACAUUUUUAGCACUUCUAACCAGAAUUUACCUUUGGGGGGGGGAGUAUGAGAUGAAAUUUUGAUGAUUCUUGUCGGGGGAAAUUGGGCAGAAGAGGAGCCAUGAUGUUAUGUUUUUUCACUUGAAGAUAUGUGCUGCCCUUUGUGUCAGUUGGCUUACUGUUUUAUAAAACAAAAACAUAACAAAGGCCCCAUGACUGAGUGUGUGGUAUUGUGCGAGCAGGAAAGUACUAUUUGUAGGUCUUUUAUGUUGGGUAUUUUUUUUUAAUUAUCUGGUCUUCUUCCAGUUAAUCCAGUCUGAAAUGUAAAGCCAUUAACGGAGUCACAACUGUUUUCCAACUGGGGUCCUCCCACUUUUUUCUACCCUUGUUUGCAAGUAUUUGGAUCUACAGUACAGUUGUCUAAAAAUAGUAAUUGCUGUGGAGUUGAACACCUUGCACUCUCGUCUCCUCAUAGUGUCUGCUUUCAGUAGCUUGCAUAAUAUAUGGAGUAAAUGUACAUAUUAAAACUGCUCUUUAAAGCUAUUGAGAUCUCAUUUAGCUGCAGCAUAUUUUGCCAUUUCCGUCAUAUACAUACAACAGGUGUUUUUAGUGCUAUGUAAAUUGGUAAAACAUUUCUAUCACUGAGUUGAGACUUGAAUAAAAAUCUCAGCAUGG